CAAACGCACAAGCAAUUUGCAAUUGUCAUUCGUUGAAGUGUAGUCAGAAAUUAAAUCAUUUAAUUAUAUGAAGCGCAUUUUCGUUUAUAAACAGUCUUCAGUUGCAACUAAUAUUACAAAAUAAAUUCCCGCUUAGUGUGCACAAAUGAGCAGCACUGAUUUCACCAGACGGUAACUGGUUCGUUCAUGAGCGAAACUGCUGUCAGCUCAGAGAGCAUUUAUGUUAUGGUCGACAGAGCUGUUGUUAUUUUGCGUUGAACUUUCGAAGCGAGCGGACGUGUGCGGCCGGCAACAGCAUAAAUUCGUCGCGUAAUUUUCUAACGCAAACAAAAUCAAAGUGCGUGUGUGUGUGCAAACAAAAGUGCGGUGUUUUAUUGCACUGUGUAAACAGCCGAAAUGAUUUUAGUAUCAAAAAAGCCAAGAAUUCGGCAAGUGAAACCAUCAAAAUGGCAUACGGUGCACCGCAAUGUGCUCAACACUUGCCGCCUAUCGGGACGCCGACGCUGCGGCAGGCGUUCGGUCAGUUGUUAUCAUUUCUUCAGACACAGUCGCGGUUUCCUCUGGUUCGUACUCUGCAAUUUGUUGCUUACGCCGAAUAUCAGCGAUGCGCAGCUGCUGAUUAAUGUACAAAAUCAGGGCGGCGAAGUUAUACAGGAGAGCAUUACGUCCAAUAUUGGCGAGGAUUUGAUUACCCUCGAGUUUCAGAAGACCGACGGCACCCUCAUCACGCAGCUCAUCGACUUUCGCAACGAGGUGCAAAUCCUCAAGGCUUUGGUGCUGGGCGAGGAGGAGCGCGGCCAGAGCCAGUAUCAGGUCAUGUGCUUUGCCACCAAAUUCAACAAGGGCGAUUUCAUCUCAUCGGAUGCAAUGGCCAAGCUGCGCCAAAAGAACCCGCACACCAUACGCACACCCGAGGAGGACAAGGGACGCGAGACCUACACCAUGAGCAGCUGGGUCCAGCUGAAUCGCUCGCUGCCCAUCACACGGCAUCUGCAAUCCCUCUGCGCGGAGGCCACCGAUGCCACCUAUGUGCGGGAUGUGGAUUUGAAGGCCUGGGCGGAAUUGCCAGGCUCGUCGAUUUCCAGCCUGGAGGCAGCAACCGAAAAAUUUCCCGACGCGCUCUCCACGCGCUGCAACGAAGUGAGCAGCCUGUGGGCGCCCUGCCUGUGCACGCUGGAGACCUGCAUCGGCUGGUAUCCGUGCGGACUGAAGUAUUGCAAGGGCAAGAGCGUGGGGGGCGACACGUCCGGGACGCAGCAACAGCAGCAGCAGACGAAUUAUCGCUGCGGCAUCAAGACCUGCCGCAAGUGUACACAGUUCACCUAUUAUGUGCGGCAGAAACAACAGUGCCUCUGGGAUGAAUGACGACGCGGCGAGCUGCAGAUGCGCUGCGCCAAGCAGGUGCCACUGACGCGGGAUGCUGACAGCGACGGCGACGGCAUGGCUGCGGCAUGUGAUGCAGCAGCGACUGAAACAGCGGCAACGACAAUAACAACAACAACAACAAGAACACAAACAACGAGCAGGUUGACAACAACAACAACAACAACAGCAAGAACAACGACCAACAAAUUACGCCAACUGCUUUUGUUGGUGCAACAGCAGAUGCCUUUUGCACUGUGGAGCUUUCCGGUCCAUCACAUUUCCCAUCACCCACAACAACAAGCACAACUUUCUGGCCAGGCGGAGGCACAUCAUCAUCAACAACCUGAUCAUCAUCAUCAUCAUCAUCAUCAUCACACGGCGGCCGACUUGUCGCAUCACCCGUCAACAAUGGCCGCCAUCGUGGCGUGAUAAUGCGCAUGCAACUCGGACAAGGGUAUAUAGACCCACACACACAUGUAUUGGUGUGGACACACCUACAACCUAUACCCUUUCUCACUCUUCUUAUGGGCUGUAUAUAUGUAACUAUGAUUAGAAUAUUGCCAAGCUACACUUACGCUUAUGCUGCUAGGUUAGGAGCUUUGAUGAGCUGAAAAAGAAAGACAUUUUAUUCGCAUUCUCAUUCGAUUCUCGCGUUCAGUUUUUUUCCCCCAUUUAAAUCCCAAAUCUUUCUCAUUCCUAUUCGAUUCGCGUGCUUCACUUCUUUUAUAAGCUGUUCAGCAUUUACAAUUUUAUUCAGAUUUUGAUUCAUCAUUUUCAAUUUUAAUUAUUUUUAUCGCCGUUGAUUUGGCUUCUCUUUGCACAUUUCCCUUAAUUCGAUUGCACUCGUUGUUAACAUUUCCUACUCGAAUUCCGAACAUUUGAUAAAUAUAUUCUUUCCGUUGCUCUUCGAUUCGCAUCAUAUAUUAAUUUAUUGAAAUGUACAUUCUAUUUUUUCUUUUUAAUUAAUCGUUAAUCCCUUAUAUACAUUUAUCUCAUGGGUGUUCUAUGAGCUGAUUGAGCGUAUUAUAUUAUUAUUAUUAUAACGUAUUCUUUAGAAUGAAAUCACAUUUUAUUUAUUUCUAUAUACUUGUGAAUGGCUGCGCUUAUUCGCAUAUCAAACAUUAAUCUGACAACUUUCUUUUCGUUGCAUUUUUCAUAUAUGAUUUAAAUAUUUCCCUUGUUAACUAUUUGUUUUAGAGUUCCUAUACAAUUUCUUAACAUUUGCUAAAUAUAUUCCUUCCGACUCGAAUUUUACAUUUUACUAAACUACAAUACAUUUAUCACAUACUUUAAAUUCACUUGAAGGUAUUUCUUACUCAAGUUCACAUAUAUUUAUUAAUUCUUUAUUAUUCUUAAGUAUAUUCUAAAUGAGCUCUCCAACAUGUUUUUCCCAUUCCCAUUAUAUAGAAAAUACUCUCUCUGAGAAAUGCUUUAUGAUUUCAUAACCUUUUCGACUCUAUUCAAUAACUUUUGCCGUCUCUUGGUAAUUCAGAAAAUCGCAUUUAUUGAAUAACUCUUCCUGCUUUACUAUAGAUACGUCUUCUAUUCCUGUUUAUAUAUUUAUUUUGUUAAUCGUGAAACACUUGGCACUACCUAAUGAAUAUUUUGGUGAAUUUAUAUUCCUGACUUAUACACCUUUAUCUCUGUUUACAUUUGCGGUCUUUGUUAAAUAAUGGCUCAUUAAGAUAUAUUUACGCAGCUCGACAAAUUUUGUUCUUUUCUCUGCACCUGUUUCUUUUUCUUUCCUCUCACAUUUGUCAUAAUUAAUGUGUACAUAAUACAAAUGAUUGUCGCAUCAUUUAAUUUUCGCUUUUCGCAUUUUCUUCAUCCCCUUAUCAUAUUAUGCUUUUUCAUAGGAAAGGCAGCUCAAUAAAUUUAGUAUUAUAAAUAUAUAUAUUUAAAGAAGAUAAAAUUAAAUGUGGCCUUAGAAUAUUUUAAGAGCGCAACUUAAGAAGUUUGUAAAAUUCCAGGAUUUCACACAUGCACACACACAAACUCACACUCUCUCACACACACACACACACACACCUGAAGUUGAACUGUCUGAAUUGUGCUCAUAAUAGAAAAUAAACUUUAACUUGCCAUAUAAGGUUAGUUCAUAAAUGUUCUAUAUAUAUAUAUAUAUAUAUAUAUAUAUACUAACCACAACGACUGCCGCAAAUGCUUUUUUAUAUAUAAUAAAACCCAAAGAAAUGGCUGUUCCGUAAACCACAAAACUUUAAAAAGGUUAAGAACAAAUGUUUCGUUUCUCCUCCCCAAAGUUUUCCAAUUCCAAUUAUUGUUCUAAAUUUCAUAUGGAAAAGCCCUGCCUUUACUCGUAAAAUAUUAUUCCAUUUUUUUUAUUCCGAAUUAUAAACUUGUCGUAUCUUGAUAAUAUACCUAUAAGAAGCAAACAAUACCAAGAACAAUAAUCUAUUGUAAAAUUUCAAGAACUAGUCUACUUAGAACUGUUAGAAUGGCUAUUUUCCUAUAAGCAUACUUAAAAAAAUGCAAAUAUUAAAAAAUUGUACACAAAAUUCCAACAAGAAUUUCAAUUUCGACUAAACAAUUUAGAGAGAAAAAAAACGGUGAUAAUAAUUUUUUCUACAAACGCGAAUGACGACAACUUUUUCUGCAAUGUAAAAAUAAUAGAUGUACAUAUAUAUAUAUAUAUAAAUAUAUAAUAAUAUAAGCUCUAGAAUAUAGUUAAAAAUAAUGCUGGAGAACUCAACAAUCUGAUUCGUAUAAAAAAUAAUAAUUAAUCGAUUUAACGACUAGGGCUAAGACAAAAAUUAAUUUAGUCAUAAUAAAGCAGCUGACAAAUUCUA